UCUGUCACUUGAGUGUGAUAGUAACGCGGGCUGAUCCUCCCCACGUCACUGUUGAGUGAUCUACAGCCGAGUUCAAAGGACAACCAGCCCUGCCCUUGAGUCUGCCAGCGAGAGCCGAGCGCCGGUCUUUAUCAGCUGGAGGUUGUGCUGGGAGUCGGCCACUGCAGCCUCGGUCCGCCUGGGAAACACUUUCUUCUGCUGGAGCUCGCCCACCACACAGAGCCAAGAUGCCCAAAACAGUCAACGUGCGCGUCACCACCAUGGACGCCGAGCUGGAGUUCUCCUUCAAUCCAAACACAACGGGGAAGCAGCUCUUCGACCAGGUUGCCAGGACGAUCGCUCUACGUGAGAUUUGGUACUUCGGCCUUCAGUUCAUCGACGCCAAAGGUUUCCUCACGUGGCUGAACCCUGAGAAGAAGGUGAUGGCCCAGGAGCCGAAGAGGGAGAGUCCGCUGCUGUUCAAGCUCCGGAUCAAGUUUUACCCCGAGGACGUGAACGACGAGCUGAUCCAGGACGUCACCCGGAGGCUUUUCUUCCUGCAGGUGAAGGAGGAGAUUCUAGAAAGCGAUGUGUACUGCCCUCCAGAGUCCGCUGUGCUCCUGGCUUCAUACGCCAUCCAGGCCAAGUACGGACAAUACAACAGGUCGGAGCAUCAGAGAGGGUACCUGGCGUCUGAGCGCCUGCUGCCCAAGAGAGUGCUGGAGCAACACAAGCUGACCAAAGAUCAGUGGGAGGAGAGGAUCCAGGUUUGGCACGAGGAGCACAGAUACAUGAUGAAGCAGGAGGCCAUGCUCGAGUACCUGAAGAUCGCUCAGGACCUGGAGAUGUACGGGGUCAACUACUUUGAGAUCAAGAACAAGAAGGGCUCAGACCUGCUGAUGGGAGUCGACGCCCUGGGACUGAACAUCUACGAGAAGCAGAACAAGCUGACCCCAAAGAUCGGGUUCCCCUGGAGUGAAAUCAGAAACAUUUCUUUCAACGAUAAGAAAUUCAUCAUCAAGCCCAUAGACAAGAAAGCUACUGAUUUCAUAUUCUACGCUCCUCGCCUGCGAGUGAACAAACGCAUCCUGCAGCUGUGCAUGGGAAACCACGAGCUGUACAUGCGCCGCCGCAAGACCGACACCAUCGAGGUUCAGCAGAUGAAGGCUCAGGCCAAAGACGAGAGGAUGCAGAAGAAGAUGGAGAGGGAUCGGCUGGAGAGCGAGAAGAAGAGGAGGGAGGCCAUGGAGAAGGAGAGGGAGAACAUGGAGAGAGAGAAACACGAGAUGAUGCUGAAGCUGAACGAGUACGAGGAGAUGACCAGGAGGGCAGAGAGAGAUCUCAAGGAGCAGCUGGAGAGAGCCAUGAGGCUGGAGGAGGAGAGGAGGAAGGUGGAGCAGGAGGCGGCCCGGCUGGAGGCUGAGAGGAUGGAGGCCAUAUUAGCCAAGGAGGAGCUGGCGAGGCAGGCCGAGGACCAGCUCAAGAGCCAGGAGCAGCUGGCUGCAGAGUUGGCCGAGUACACCACCAGGCUCCUCCUGCUGGAGGAGGCCAAGAGAGAAAAGGAGGAAGAGGCUGAGUCAUGGCACAGCAAGGCUAACGAAGUGGAGGAGAAUCUGAUGAAGACGAAGGAGGAGCUGCUCAUCGUGAAGAGCUCCUCGAUCGCACCUCCUGCCGCCGUGCCUGCUCCUGCUCCCGCUCCUGCCUCCUCCUCCUCCUCCUCCUCUUCCUCGGACGAAGAGAGCGACCACGAGCACAGCGAGGAGAACAGCACCUACAGCGCCGAGCUGCCCACGCAGGACUUCAACGACCACCGCAUGGAGGAGGAGCGAGUCACCGAGGCGGAGAAGAACGAACGCCUGCAGAGACAGCUGCUGGCCCUGAGCUCAGAGCUGGCAGACGCCCAACAAGACAGUAAGAAGACCCAGAUGGACCUUCUCCACGCCGAGAACGUCCGAGCCGGCCGCGACAAGUACAAGACCCUGCGUCAGAUCCGCAUGGGCAACACCAAGCAGAGGAUCGACGAGUUCGAGGCGUUGUAAGAAAGAAAACCUCGGAGAGGCGACGACCCCUCCCUCGGUUACCUCGUGGAGGCCAUGUUUUUACUUUUCAGUGUGAUGUAACAGCGGCGCCGCCUGAUCUUAAAGACCCAGAGAAGCAUGUUAAAGUACCUCCAUGAGAUUUGUUUCAUUGGUUUUAACUUUAAGCUUUAAAAGCACUAUUUUAUUUUUUGUUUUUCUUUGUAGCACUCAAACAUCUCCAACGUGCUGUUUGGUCCCAUUAAAGCAUUCAAAUAAAGCAGAAA